AUGCAGUCGAAACAUUCCUCGCUGGACAUUCUCAUCGACGCUCGCGAUCCAAAAUCGCGUGAAUUGAUCGGGCAAGAUGUUCGCCUUAUUUACAACUCAAGGAAGUCUAAAUGUCUCUACCUUCAGCCAACUCUAUGCAGACUGUUUGCCCCACCUCUUUGCCUUUUUGUUCCUGCAGAUGGACCGAUGGCCUCGCACAAUCCGACUCGAGGUGGUUCAGCAGCUUCGUGUCUUGAGUUCAUCAAGCUCAAGCGAUCCAAUGACUUUUACCAUGCCCAUGCAGAACAAUUCCUCCCUCCUCUGGAGCUUGAUAGUGUCCCAUUCGCCAUCUUGACUGGCGCGUCUGAUCAAGACACCCUUGCGCAAGUUCCUGCGCCAUGUCACCCCCUCCCGAAACUGCGACACGUGGAUAUCUUUGGUAUUCCGUUGAACUGGGCAGGUUUCAUUUUACCCUUGGUGUGGGUCACUGCAUUCACAAUAAUCAAUGUGUGUCCUCUGCUGCGAAGACUUCUCAUUAGGGAAUCUGGGCCGGUCCUUUCGCAGCCAUAUCACUGUCGCGGUGUCGUGUCACUUCCGAUGCUUGAGGAGCUUCACUUGGGGUAUGUGGGGUAUGUCGAGAUGGAUUCGUUGAUCGCGCUACUCAGUCGCCUUGACACCCCAAACCUUGUCGCACUUUCCAUCGAGGACCUACUGUGCAACUGGCUUCAGCAAGCACCCGGCAGCCGUCAGCAGAACUGGCUUGCUGUUUCCAAAGCUUCAGUGAUUGUCGCUUAA